UCUAUGAAAUGGUCAAAAAGAAGGCUGAGUCCGCUCCAACGAUCUCAAAUUAAUGUUAGCCGUGCAAAACCUUGUGAGGUGCCAAGCCAACGUAAUACGCCUAGCCAUCCUCUACUUGCCAUGUGGAUUGUACGACCACCAGCUCUUAACGGUAGAAAUGAUAAAUAUACGAUGCAGGGGACCUUCACUUUCAGAGUUUCAGAACCAAGCAAACUUGACUGCAGCUUGGCAGGGCAGGAAUUUCAUUCAGCAUCCUGAUCAACGACUGCUUGGAAGUUUGAAACAGAAAUAUAUAGCAAUGUUUUCUUUAGUGCUCCCUCAACCUUGUGGAGCUUCAAUUCCAUGGUGACAUGAUAGAGACAUAGAACAGAUGUUGAACUUAGGUGUCCUGACCAUAAAAUUUAAAAAAAAAAAAAGGGAAAAUUCAAAUAGUUUGAAUUCUCAAGUCUGGGUGUCCAUAAAUUCAGGUAGAUUUGCAAGAAUUGAUGCCCGUGUUUAAGGAUUGAACAAGGUUCAAGGAUUUGACUAGGAAGCCAUACAACCAGAGCUGAUCCCUGAACCUUCUCUUGGUUUCUUAGUAUGUAUGUGCUCGAUUGACGCUUGUUCAUAGACAAGGUGAAAACUGGAAAUAAGCAAAAAAAAAGAACAAACAAUCUCCAAUGACUGCUACAGCUUCAGCUUCAGCUUCAGCUUCCAGCUUUGCAUACAAAGCCAUGCAUGUCAACAAUGGAAUGGCAUCUAGAUAUGAACUUAAAGCAACACUGACGAAAAUCAGGUCAUUAGAAUCUAAACUGUCUAUGACUCACAAAGGAUUAAGAAGUUUGAACUCAGUGGAUGAAUGCCGGAUUAGAAGAAUAGCGAAAGUAACAACCCAACAGAGAAAAUUCAAAAGUGAGGAGGCCAGGCCUUCAAGAACUAUUGUUUGUGGGAUGACUAUGAGUUUUGUUGGAAUGGAGGUAGGUCCAUGGAGCAAGACUGGUGGACUUGGAGACGUUCUUGGAGGUCUGCCACCUGCAAUGGUGGCCAAUGGCCAUCGUGUCAUGACUAUCGCUCCACGUUAUGACCAGUACAAGGAUGCCUGGGAUACAGGGGUUAUUGUUGAGGUUGAAGUUGGAGAUAGAACCGAGAAAGUCCGCUUCUUCCACUGCUACAAACGAGGAGUUGAUCGCGUGUUCGUGGAUCACCCUAUGUUUCUUGAAAAGGUAUGGGGAAAAACCGUAUCCAAAAUCUAUGGCCCAAUUGCUGGCGAGGACUAUGAAGACAACCAACUUAGGUUCAGCUUGUUAUGCCAGGCUGCUUUGGAAGCACCGAGGGUUCUGAACCUUAGCAGCAGUAAAUAUUUCUCAGGGCCAUAUAGUGAAGAUAUUAUUUUCAUUGCCAAUGAUUGGCACACUGCCCUUAUUCCAUGCUACCUGAAAUCCAUGUAUAAACCAAGAGGAAUAUACAAAAGUGCUAAGGUUGCUUUUUGCAUCCACAACAUUGCUUACCAAGGAAGAUUUGCUUUUGCUGACUUCUCACUUCUUAAUCUCCCAGACGAAUUCAAAAGCUCUUUUGAUUUUAUUGAUGGGUAUGAUAAACCUGUCAAGGGAAGGAAAAUCAAUUGGAUGAAAGCUGGCAUAAUAGAGUCAGACAAGGUCUUAACUGUUAGCCCAUAUUAUGCUCAAGAACUUGUUUCUGGCAUAGACAAAGGAGUAGAAUUGGAUAACAUUCUUCGGAAUUCUGGCAUCACCGGAAUUGUGAAUGGCAUGGAUGUCCAGGAAUGGAACCCGUUGACAGACAAAUACAUAGCUGUCAAAUAUGAUGCUUCAACUGUUAUGGCUGCAAAGGCUCUUCUGAAGGAAGUCCUCCAAGCUGAAGUAGGUUUGCCAGUGGAUAGAAGCAUCCCUGUCAUAGGUUUCAUAGGUAGGCUAGAAGAGCAAAAAGGUUCAGACAUUCUUGUAGCAGCCAUUCCCCAAUUCAUUAGAGGAAAUGUUCAGAUGGUAGUCCUUGGGACUGGCAAAAAGCUGAUGGAGAAGCAGCUUGAACAGUUGGAAAUAUUGUACCCUGACAAGGCUCGAGGUGUAGCAAAAUUCAAUGUUCCGUUGGCUCAUAUGAUUAUAGCAGGAGCAGACUUUAUUUUGGUUCCGAGCAGAUUUGAACCUUGUGGUCUUAUUCAGCUGCACGCCAUGCGUUAUGGAACGAUACCCAUCGUUGCCUCAACUGGUGGGUUGGUCGACACAGUCAAGGAAGGCUUCACAGGAUUUCAAAUGGGAGCCUUCAACGUUGAGUGUGAUGCUGUUGAUCCCGUGGAUGUAAGCGCAGUGGCAACAACGGUUAAAAGGGCCCUUGCAACUCAUGGUACCUCUGCUCUGGCAGAAAUGAUACAGAAUUGCAUGGCUCAAGAUCUCUCAUGGAAGGGACCGGCUAAAAAGUGGGAGGAGGUGCUGCUAAGUCUAGGAGUCCCUGGCAGUGAGCCUGGAAUUGAUGGUGAGGAGAUUGCUCCUCUUACCAAGGAAAACGUUGCAACUCCUUGAAUGAAGAUACUGCUCCUCUUUUCACUUGCCUAACAACUGCACUUUUAAAAUUACCUCAGCAGACUUUCUAUGUAGAACAGUUUUUUGGUAUUUUAACACCGAAAUACAUUCGAGUUAGUCUGACAAAGUUGUAAAAUUUGCAACCUCUAGCACAAUAUAAUGACAGCCCUAUUUUGGAGGUUGUAAUCCGUAUUCCCUUUCAAUCAUAAAUCCUUACA